GAGUGGCUCGUCUGACAAAACAGAGGGAGGAGGAGGAGGCAUACUGGCAGUACCAUCACUGGACAACACAGAAGCCACCAGCUAGUUUACACAGACCAUAAACAUUCGUGAGUGAUAGCACAGACUUAUGCUACUGCUGGACAGUGACCGAAAGACCAGAAUGCUACAAAAUGCGAAGAGGCUUUGAAUCUGGAAAUCAAUGGACUUUCAGCAAUAAACAAAAGUAGUUUAAAUGUGGCCAGAUAGGACAGGUGUUGACAAUCGACUCUGACAUCCUCAGCUAAGUUUUGACCAGUUUUCCAGCUGUAUACAAGGUUGCUUUACCUGUCAACCAAACACAGCUUUCGCGAAGGCUUUUUAAAAGAGUGUUGCUGUUUAAAUAUGUUGAAAAGUACGGGCUAGUUUUCCCCGCAGGAUAACUAUUCAACCAGGGUGAUGGUGUUGACAGAAAUGGCAUUUGUUUAUCCAGAAAGCCAACAAUUUUGCAUUUCGUCAAGCCACUAUUAGAUCAGCAGGACUAUAAUCAACCAUGAGGAAACUGCAGACUCUGUUGCUGCUGUUUUGUCUGCAUAUGGUCACGAGCCGUAAAGUGCAAAUUCCAGAAACGGAGCUGCUGGAAUGGGGGGAGAGUGAUAAUGAGGAGAGUGUGUCUCCCCAAGGGGCCAGUCCCCGGAUUUUAAACCCCCUGCGUCUCUUCGCCAGGGGAUCUCCUGGACUCAAAAACAACAUGAGGGAAAUGACAUAUUUAGAAAACAUGGAGGACUUCUGGGACUGGUUAUCUAACCAGACAGAUGUUCAGGAGAUGCAAACGAGAACUAAACGGAGGCCCAUCGUGAAGACUGGGAAAUUCAAAAAGAUGUUUGGCUGGGGCGAUUUCCACUCCAACAUUAAGACCGUGAAACUAAACCUGCUCAUCACGGGCAAGAUAGUGGACCAUGGAAACGGCACAUUUAGUGUGUACUUUCGGCACAACUCCACCGGGUUGGGCAAUGUGUCUGUGAGCUUGGUGCCCCCGUCCAAGGUGGUGGAGUUUGAGUUUGCCCCGCAGUCCACCCUCGUCACCAAGGACACCAAAUCUUUCAACUGUCGCAUUGAGUAUGAGAAAACAGACCGCAACAAGAAGACUACUUUGUGCAGCCUAGACCCUGCCAAGGUGUGCUACCAAGAACAGACCCAGAGUCAUGUAUCCUGGCUCUGUUCUAAGCCCUUUAAGGUCAUAUGCAUCUACAUUGCCUUCUAUAGCGUGGACUAUAAACUGGUCCAAAAGGUGUGCCCUGACUACAAUUACCACAGUGACACGCCAUACUCCUCCACAGGAUGAUGUUGGUGUUGUGUGAUGGCUGCCGCCUAAUAGUAGCUUGGAGAGAACCUGGGUGAACCGCCACGACCCUGAAACAUCAUCAGCACCAUGUGUUCUCCUCAAUUCGAGGGCAAUUAAAAUUGACCAGAUGUUUUUUAUUAGGCUAGACCACAGGCAUGUGUUCGUAGAUUAAAAAUGGGCUUUUCUGCCAGUAGACCUUCAAAACAACAUUGACACCAAGUACAUGCUUAUUUCAGAGUAUUAUGGAGCCGUUCUAGAGGAGGAAAUAGUGACUUUGAAAACAUUGGUCUGCUUCUGUGGAGUUUUUUCCUGAAAGGCUUUCCCCAUAAUAUUAUAAUAGUCAUCACCCUUACCUCUUUCAUGUAAAGUAUUAGCUAUGAAAUUCCCAAGGGUCAAAAGCACUUAGGGAAUAGGAACAUUAGAUUAUCUGUGUCAUUCUGGUCUGAUUUCAUAGUGUUCAGAAUUCAUUUUCACCAAUAUUGCUGUAAAGCUUUGGAAUCCUAUGAAGUCACUAUUACCAUUAGAUAUAUAACCUUGGAGUUUAUCCUGUUCAAACAGUGCAACACUCGUUGUUUUCCACUGCGCCUUCAGCAGGAUAUUGCCGGGGUUUUCAUAAAAGACCCUACAUGCAAGGAGUUUCAGGUGUCUCACAAGGGCACAAUUCACAGGACAGGUGGAUUUAGUGAAUCUGGCAGCCAAUUAACAAUGCUUUGUCAUGGUUCUGCCACUGGGCCUGACAUUUCCAGGCUUUAAUUAACAUUAAUUAUACUGGGAAAUUUCACUUACACACCAUGACUGAGGCAGCCCAAGCCAAAAAAAUUAAAUUUAGUGUAUCACUCAUGUAGAAACGCUGCAUAAUGUGAGCUUAAAGCAAGCCUUAUGCUGUCACUGUCGACCAGUUAAGCACCCCAAAUAGGGGCAGGUUAUUGAGAAAUGGGUAAAAAAAACAAUUCUGCUAAUGGGUAAUUUCUUUUUCUGUGCAUCUUUAGAAGUGAAAAUCAUAUUGUAGUGUUUGCAGUGUAGCAUUCUAGUCAGUUAGUCAGUACAAACUGGCCACACAGUGAAAUCAACCAGAGCUUGGGAUUCUCAGGUUCUGAACCCACAAUGCCAAAAGGAGAGAUUAUUGUUUGUUCAGUUAAAGGUGGCUUAACACAUUAGCAGGCCAAGACCAAGUGCCGUGAAUCAAAAGCAAGUCAAUCAUUUCAGUCAUGGAAAAUCAAAUUAGUUGUCUGUGAGCUUUGCUUUACCCCUGGUGUUUAUCUCUUGAAAAUGCAAAUGGCCCUCACAAACAGCAGUAAAAUGGUUUCUCAUCGCCUGUUAUAACAUUCAGUCCUUAACCUUCUUUGUGCAAUUCAGUGUGUGGUGUGUGCAUUGAAAUAACAAAACUGUGUUUACACUUGCCUAUUAAGAUAAUGGGUAUUUAUUUUCAUUUCCAAAACAGAUAUAUAAAUGACUAUAUAAACUGGUAGAUAGCCUACUUUUGGUGUUUAAUAGUGAUAUAACAUAGAUGUAGACUCAUGAAGCUUAAUUGAAGAUGAAUAUAUUGCAUUAUUAUUUUUAUAUAUUGUGGUCAAUAGUAUGCCUUUAUUUCCUCCUGUUAUUCUAUUGUGGUCCUCAUCUCAGAAAAUAAUAUGUCCCAAUAUCUUGUGUCUGACCAGUAUACGUUUAGUCAUUUAAAACAGUAGGCCUGUACUGUUAUUUUGAAUACUGUUUAAAAAAAAAAAACAUAGUGACUGCCAUUGGAACAAAAUGAUAGCAAGCUGUUGUGAAAUGUAUUUUCAUAUUCUUGUUUUCGUACAUUGGGAACCUGUCUUUCGGGCCUCAUCUAGUACAGGUCAGUUCUGACAGGUAAUGUCUAGUGCUCUGUGCGUCACAUAAAGCAAAUGCAGUGUUGCCUUUGAGUAUGACAUUUCUUCUAUUACUUGCUAUGGAGCACUGCAUUGACUGCACACCACACAGACAAUUUAUUCUUUUAUGUUUCAUCUUAUCUUCUAUACGACUCAGUAAAUAACAAAUAAAAAUGGCAUUUCACAGUG